UUAGCCUUGUUCAGAGACCUGCCCUCCUAGACCCAAGAGCAUGCCUUAAAAGAGACUGUGGUCAAGGUCUACCUCUUAGUCCUUGCAUCUCAUCUCCUUGUCCUGAUCACUGUCCCCUUUUCACUUCUUUCUUCAGCAUCUUCGAGUGCCAAGGUCUCCCCAUCGUGAAUGGACAGUGUGAUCCUUAUGCCACUGUGACAUUAGCAGGACCAUACAGAUCGGAAGCGAAGAAGACAAAAGUGAAAAAGAAGACCAACAACCCCCAGUUUGAUGAAGUGUUUUAUUUUGAGGUGACCAGACCCUGUAGCUACAGCAAAAAAUCCCACUUUGACUUUGAGGAGGAGGAUGUAGACAAACUUGAAAUUAGAGUUGACCUCUGGAAUGCCAGUAACUUGAAAUUUGGAGAUGAGUUUCUGGGAGAACUAAGGAUUCCAUUGAAAGUCCUACGGCAGUCCAGCUCCUACGAAGCAUGGUAUUUCCUUCAACCCCGGGAUAACGGCAGUAAGAGCCUGAAACCAGGUGACCUGGGGUCGUUAAGGUUGAAUGUGGUGUACACGGAGGACCAUGUUUUCUCCUCAGACUAUUACAGUCCUCUCCGAGACCUCUUGCUGAAGUCUGCAGAUGUGGAGCCUGUGUCUGCAUCUGGGGCUCAUAUUUUGGGCGAAGUUUGCAGAGAAAAGCAGGAGGCAGCAAUCCCACUGGUGCGACUCUUCCUACACUAUGGCAAGAUUGUGCCUUUCAUCAGCGCUAUUGCAAAUGCCGAAGUAAAAAGGACUCAAGACCCAAAUACCAUUUUCCGAGGAAACUCUUUGACUUCCAAGUGCAUUGAUGAGACGAUGAAGCUGGCAGGGAUGCACUACCUCCACGUCACCCUAAAGCCCAUCAUAGAAGAGAUAUGCCAAAGCCACAAAUCUUGUGAAAUUGACCCUGUAAAGUUAAAAGAUGGUGAAAACCUUGAAAACAACAUGGAAAACCUGAGGCACUACGUGGACCGCAUCUUCAAUGUGAUCACCAAGUCUGGGGUGAGCUGCCCGACUGUCAUGUGUGAUAUUUUCUUCUCCCUGAGGGAGUCGGCUGCCAAGCGCUUCCAAGAUGACCCGGAUGUGAGGUACACUGCUGUGAGUAGCUUCAUUUUCCUGAGAUUCUUCGCUCCCGCCAUCCUCUCUCCCAACCUCUUCCAGCUCACCCCUCACCACACGGAUCCACAGACUUCUAGAACUUUGACACUUAUUUCAAAGACUAUUCAAACGCUUGGCAGCUUAUCCAAGUCAAAAUCUGCCAGUUUUAAGGAGUCCUACAUGGCUACAUUUUAUGAGUUCUUCAAUGAGCAGAAAUAUGCUGAUGCAGUAAAAAACUUCUUAGAUUUGAUUUCGUCUUCUGGGAGAAGAGACCACAAGAGCAUAGAGCAGCCCAUCCUGCUUAAAGAAGGCGCCAUAUUUGUGAAUCAUCCAUGCACCAUCCUUGGCGACCAGCCUCUGUACAGCAUUCCUAUCGAGAACAUUCUGGCAGUGGAGAAAUUGGAGGAGGAGUCCUUCAAAAUGAAAAACAUGUUCCAGGUCAUUCAGCCCGAGAGAGCGCUGUACAUCCAGGCCAACAACUGCGUGGAGGCCAAGGACUGGAUUGACAUCCUCACCAAAGUCAGCCAGUGCAACAAGAAGCGUCUCACCGUCUACCACCCCUCCGCCUACCUGAAUGGCCACUGGCUGUGCUGCAAGGCCUCCUCAGACUCGGCCCCUGGCUGCACCCCCUGCACUGGCGGCCUGCCAGCAAACAUCCAGCUUGACAUUGAUGGGGACCGGGAGACAGAGCGCAUCUAUUCCCUCUUUAACCUGUAUAUGAAUAAACUGGAGAAAAUGCAAGAGGCCUGUGGAAGCAAAUCUGUCUAUGAUGGGCCCGAGCAGGAAGAGUAUUCAACGUUCAUCAUUGACGACCCUCAGGAGACCUACAAGACACUAAAGCAGAUCAUCGCUGGGGUUGGAGCUUUGGAACAGGAACACGCCCAGUAUAAACGGGACAAAUUCAAGAAGACGAAAUACGGGAGCCAGGAACACCCCAUUGGAGACAAGAGUUUCCAAAGCUACAUCAGACAGCAGUCUGAAAUUUCCACUCAUUCCAUUUAAAGCCUGCGGGAUGUCCCAAGAUGGCGCUGCUGAGUUAACCCCAGGAAGCCAAACUCUUUGAAAAGGAAAAAAGAAUGGGAAAAAAAAAGUGGACAGAACGAGCAAGCAAAGGGAAUCCAUAUUUCAUCAAAGUGUAUAAAUAAUAAGUAUCGAGCUCUGAAACUGUUGAGACUUAUGUUGUUUUUUCCUCUUUCCAAGAACUGUUACAAUAGUUGCUAUGCACUUUAUUCAUCUGGCAUUGACACAGGUGACCCGAACUCUGCCUCUCUGGCAUGUGUGUUGUCGGAUGUGUUUUGUUUUGAAAUUUGCUUUGGUUUCUUGGGAAUCUAGCGAUCAGUUCAAUGAUCAAGACGCAUGGACUUUCCUGUGACAACACCCCAGCAGUCCUCCCCACUAGAGAAACCAAGUACGCCCUUGUUGAGUUGAUUAACGAGACAGCAUUAUUCUGUAGAGCCGCAUACUUUUUGUUUCACGUGCAGUUUUGCUGUUGCUGGUCUCUGUACAGUUGCCCUGCACCUGCGUAGCCCUUUAGGCCCUCUGCUUUUAACACGUUUGGGGAUGUUAAGAGUAUUAUUCUUUCUUAUGAGCCUGCUGUCCUGGGUUGCUGAAAAGCAAGCUAGGAAAGACAGCCUCUUGGUUUCAGAUGUGUGAUGCUGGUUUUGUUCCCAGCUGAAGGAUCACUUUUGUGGCUGGGAUGUGUGGAACUGCAUAAAAAUCCCUCUUUGAGGAUGCUCCUGAUCUUUUUGGAAUAUGGGCUUCCUUCUACAGAGAGCUCUGGCCUUUAACUUGUGUUGGGAUCUAUGAUGACUUUGAAAUGAUCAAGACUUGGGAAAGGGAAAGGUGCUGAUUUCCAGUCUUCUCUUUGCAUCUAUUGCUGCAACUGCCUCAGUGGGGAUUAGAACCCUGCCAAGCCAACUGCUCUGAGAAGUGCUCCUCACAGCCUGUGGAUGCCUGUGGAGUCAUGCCGACUGGGGCUGAUGAGCUGGGGUCCUCUGACUCCCUGACUCCAAGCACAGAGCUGUUCUGCUGUUGGAUGGGAUUUAAAACUAGAAUCCAUAUGUUGACCACCACUUGUGGAAGCUUGGGGAAAGAUUUUUUAAACAGAAAGGUGCAUUUUUCAAGCUGUUUUUCUUAAUGUUUUUAACAGACAGUUUUUAAUUAGCUCUUUGAUAUAAAACCUAUACUCUUUAAAGGGGUGGAUGGAUGACAGUGGGACAAAUACAAAGGGAACGGAUUGUGUCUUUCAUGAAUGCCAGCUAAAGGUCUUCAAAAGAAAUUGAAGUAGGGAAGAAAUUCUGUAAGCUUGAAAUGUUGGGGCCUUAGAUGGUCCAGACUUUCCUCUUGGGGCCCCAUGAACAAUACUUUGCCUCUAACUCCAGGAAGCCCUCCCAAGAAGCUCUGGGGCUCUGGAAGCCUAGCAGAGCAGCAGGUGGGGGUGGACGCUGGGGAUGGGGAGGGAGUCAGCUAGGACCAGAAAAAAAAAGGGCAAGUCACAACAUCUUCGACUUGCUCUCCAGCUGUUUGCUAAAGAAACUUAUUCCAAAAGCAGAUCUCCUCACAGGGUAUGCAGCAUGCAGCUCAGCAGGCUGGGGUUUAGAAAGCACUGUUUAAAAUAAAUAGUAAGAUGUAUCCUUGUAAUGAUUUCUCUCUGUUCUUGUUUGGAAAUACUGUAGUUCAGACUCUUAAUCUAGAUGGCAAAAAGUAUCAGUAUUUGUUGUCACAAAAAUAGUGGAGGAAAAUGUUGCAGAAGAUCAAAUUUGGGACACACAGCUAUUAGGCGGCCACUGAACUGCAAUUUUUAACAUGGAUUUGUAACUUAAUAUUUCUGUUUAUAAAAUACUAAUGAUUUGCGAUGUAUUUUACUGGCCAAUUAAAACAGAUGUUUUAUUCUUUGUGA